UUGCUUCUCUUGCGUUGUCUUCUUCUUCUUCUUCUCUAAUUUUCAUUUCAAUUUCUGUAUCUUCACUCUGUUUCUCUUUGGGUUGUCUUCUUCUUCUACUCUGUUUUUCCUUAAACUAAGAUAGUUCAUUUACCAAUCUCAAAAAAGACAUAAAAUUGAAUAAUAAUAACAAUAAAAAAAACUCAAAAAAAUGAGGUUUUAUAGUUCCUCUUCUUCGGCAGCUUCAUCUUAACGAUCUUCGAUCUCCCUUUUGCAGAUGUUUGGCAGGUUCUUGUAUCUGAAGAUAUCCAGUGUUAGUUAACUUGACUACUCAUGGGGACUGUUGAUGGAGGAAAGCUCAGGUUUUGCAUUGAUAGAGGGGGCACAUUUACUGAUGUCUAUGCUGAAUUCCCGGGUAGUUCCGAAGGUCGAGUGAUGAAAUUGCUAUCUGUUGAUCCUGCUAAUUACGAUGAUGCCCCGGUAGAAGGAAUUAGGAGGAUUUUGGAAGAAUUCACUGGGGAAAAGAUUCCCAGAACUUCAAAAGUUCCCACCCAUAGAAUUGAAUGGGUGAGGAUGGGAACAACUGUGGCAACAAAUGCUCUAUUAGAGAGGAAAGGGGAAAGAAUUGCACUGUGUGUUACUCGAGGUUUUCGGGAUCUGCUGCGGAUUGGUAACCAGGCUCGACCAAAUAUCUUUGACCUAACUGUAUCAAAGCCAUCAAAUCUUUAUGAGGAAAUUGUGGAAAUUGAUGAGAGAGUCGAGCUUGUUAUUGAUGAGGAGAAUGUACCAAGUUCUUCUGAUUCAGUAGUUCUGGGUGUUUCAGGGCAGCUUGUAAGGGUUGUAAAGCCACUUAACGAGGAAGCUCUAAGACCUUUGCUUAAAGGUCUAUUGGAUAAAGGUAUCAGCUGCUUGGCUGUAGUACUAAUGCAUUCUUACACUUACCCGAACCAUGAAACAUUGGUUGCAAAGUUGGCAAUGAGCAUGGGAUUCAAACAAGUGUCUUUGUCAUCGGCUUUGACUCCCAUGGUGCGAGCUGUCCCUCGGGGUUUCACAGCGUGCGUGGACGCAUACCUGACUCCCGUUAUUAAAGAAUAUUUGAGAGGAUUUAUAUCUAAGUUUGAUGAGGGAAUGGGUAAAUUGAAUGUUCUCUUUAUGCAGUCGGAUGGCGGAUUGGCACCGGAAAGUAGGUUUUCAGGCCACAAGGCUGUUUUGUCAGGUCCAGCAGGUGGAGUAGUUGGGUAUUCCCAGACACUUUUCGGGGUUGAGACGGACAAGCCCCUUAUUGGUUUUGACAUGGGUGGCACGUCUACUGAUGUGAGCCGUUAUGCUGGUAGCUACGAACACGUUAUAGAAACACAAAUUUCUGGGGCAAUAAUUCAAGCACCUCAGCUUGAGAUCAACACUGUUGCUGCUGGUGGUGGGUCGAAGUUGAAGUUCCAAUUUGGAGCUUUCAAGGUGGGUCCAGAAUCAGUUGGUGCCCAUCCAGGACCUGUUUGUUAUCGCAAGGGGGGGGAUUUGGCUGUUACCGAUGCAAAUCUUAUCCUGGGAUAUGUCAUUCCGGAUUAUUUCCCAUCUAUCUUUGGCCCCAAUGAGGAUCAGCCUUUAGAUCUCGAUGCAACUAAAACUGAAUUUGAAAAACUUGCAAAGCAAAUCAACAUCUACAGAAAGAAUCAGGAUCCGACAGCAAAGGACAUGGCGGUAGAGGAAAUUGCUCAGGGGUUUGUUAACGUCGCAAAUGAAACAAUGUGCCGUCCUAUUCGACAACUGACUGAGAUGAAGGGUCAUGAGACAAAAAACCAUGCACUUGCUUGUUUUGGGGGUGCCGGACCCCAACAUGCAUGCGCUAUUGCUAGAUCGUUGGGUAUGAAAGAAGUACUUAUCCAUAGGUUCUGUGGGAUUUUAAGUGCAUAUGGAAUGGGAAUGGCAGAUGUCGUGGAGGAAGAACAGGAACCAUAUUCUGCUGUUUAUCGUCCGGAAUCUGUGUCGGAGGUCUCAAAUCGAGAAGCAGCUCUAUUAAAUCGUGUUAAGCGGAAGCUCCAAUUGCAAGGUUUUCAAGAGGAGAAUAUUAGAACUGAAACAUAUUUAAACCUGAGAUAUGAGGGAACAGACACUGCAAUUAUGGUAAAGAGCCAUAUAGAUGAUGACGGAUCUAAAGGAGAUUAUGCCUUUGAAUUCACAAGAUUAUUUCAACAAGAGUAUGGAUUCAAGCUUGAGAGCAGGAAUAUCAUGAUAUGUGAUGUGAGAGUUCGUGGUAUUGGAGUCACUAACAUACUCAAGCCCCAAGCUCUACCGCCUGGUUCAGGAACCGCAAAAAGUGAAGCUCAAUACAAGGUUUAUUUUGGAAAUGGUUGGCACGACACACCAUUAUUCAAGCUGGAAGAUUUGGCAUGUGGUUGUGUCAUAUCUGGUCCUGCCAUAAUUAUGAAUGGCAAUAGCACUGUAAUAGUAGAACCUAGUUGUAAGGCUGUAAUUACGAAAUACGGUAACAUCAGAAUUGAGAUUGAAUCAAUUCACAAAGUCGUGGAGGUAUCCAAAGAAGUGGCAGAUGUUGUGCAACUCUCGAUAUUCAACCACAGAUUCAUGGGAAUAGCUGAACAGAUGGGACGCACCCUACAGAGGACUUCAAUAUCGACCAAUAUUAAAGAGAGACUGGAUUUCUCUUGUGCUCUUUUUGGUCCUGAUGGGGGCCUAGUUGCGAAUGCUCCUCACGUUCCCGUGCAUUUGGGAGCUAUGUCCAGCACGGUCAGGUGGCAGAUGAAUUAUUGGGGUGACAAUUUAAACGAGGGCGACGUUCUGGUUACUAAUCAUCCUUGUGCUGGAGGUAGCCACCUGCCCGAUAUAACUGUUGUUACACCGGUUUUUGAUAAGGGGGAACUGGUUUUCUUUGUUGCAAGCAGAGGGCACCAUGCGGAGAUCGGAGGUAUUACUCCCGGCAGCAUGCCGCCGUUCUCAAAGUCUAUAUGGGAGGAAGGAGCUGCAAUAAAAGCAUUUAAACUUGUUAAAGAGGGGAUUUUUCAAGAAGAAGGAAUCCGCCAACUUCUCCUAUUUCCAUCUUCUGAAGAAUCGGGUCGUAAAAUACCCGGGACCCGCAGGCUACAAGAUAACUUAUCCGAUCUCCAUGCACAAAUUGCUGCAAAUCAAAGAGGGAUUUCACUUAUAAAGGAGCUCAUCGAGCAAUAUGGUUUGGAAACUGUGCAGUCUUACAUGAAUCAUGUCCAGGUCAAUGCAGAAGGCGCGGUUAGAGAGAUGCUCAAGUCUGUUGCCGCUAAAGUUUCUGACUCUGCUAAAGUCGAAGGAGAUUCUUUGAUCAUUGAAGAGGAAGAUUCCAUGGAUGAUGGCUCUGUUAUACAUUUGAAACUCAGUAUUGAUCAAAAGAGAGGAGAAGCAUUUUUUGAUUUUUCAGGGACAACCCCAGAGGUAUAUGGGAACUGGAAUUCCCCGGAGGCGGUUACUGCUGCUGCUGUGAUUUACUGUCUGCGCUGUUUGGUGGAUGUGGACAUCCCUCUCAAUCAAGGGUGCUUGGCCCCCGUAAAAAUAUACAUCCCUCCCGGUUCCUUUCUUUCUCCGAGUGACAAGGCUGCAGUCGUUGGUGGUAACGUUCUAACAUCUCAAAGGAUAACAGACGUCGUUCUAACAGCUUUCCAGGCUUGUGCUUGCUCGCAGGGUUGCAUGAACAAUCUCACCUUCGGGGACGACACCUUUGGCUACUACGAGACAAUCGGAGGUGGAAGUGGUGCUGGGCCCGGCUGGGACGGUACUAGUGGUGUUCAGUGCCACAUGACUAAUACUCGUAUGACCGACCCUGAGAUUUUUGAGCAGAGAUAUCCAGUUCUUCUGCACAGGUUUGGGUUGAGGGAGAACAGUGGAGGUGCCGGGGUUCAUAGAGGAGGCGAUGGGAUUGUUAGGGAGAUUGAAUUCAGACGGCCUGUUGUCGUGAGCAUUCUUUCUGAGAGGCGCGUGCAUGCCCCUAGGGGACUGAAGGGGGGCAAAGAUGGGGCUCGAGGAGCUAACUACCUCGUCACGAAAGACAAACGCAAGAUAUACCUCGGAGGAAAGAACACAGUCGACGUGCAGACCGGGGAAAUUCUUCAGAUUUUAACCCCAGGAGGUGGGGGGUGGGGUUCCUCCUAGUAUACUUCAAGUUGAGGCAAGGUGUGGAGACUGAUCACAUUGGUUAUCUCUGUCAAGCUAUGGAGCCUCUAUCUUUGGGAUAUUUUCUUGAAAUUCUAGAAAGUGAUACAUUGAAAUAUUCAGAUGUGAGUAACUUCCUUGUGUAUCUUGCUACUGUAAUCAGAUGUGAACGUCGUUUUUGCCAUGUCAUUUAAAAAAAAUAGAAUAUAAAUUACACUGUGGCAUUCGGCGAGCCACGUCACGUUUCUGGUGACCGAAAAAUAGAUGCGGGAUAUAUCCUUGUGUAUCUUGCUACUGUAAUCAGAUGUGAACGUCGUUUUUGCCAUGUCAUUUAAAAAAAAUAGAAUAUAAAUUACACUGUGGCAUUCGGCGAGCCACGUCA